AUGGCUCCCGGCCUCAAUUACGGCCAGCAGGCCUAUGAAGGCAUGAAGGCCUUCCGCCAUGCGCCCAGCGAGUCCCAUCCCAACGGCCGCAUCACGAUCUUCCGGCCCCACAACAACGCAAAGCGCAUGCAGCACUCCGCUGAAUUCGUGUCCAUCCCGCCCGUGCCGGACUCCCACUUCCUCGAGUGUGUCAAGCUCGCUGUGUCCGCCAAUGCUGCCUUUGUACCGCCGCAUGCCACCGGUGCUGCCAUGUACAUCCGACCCCUUGUCUUCGGCUCGUCGGCUCAAUUGGGCCUUAACCCGCCCGAUGAAUACACUUUCGUCGUGUUCGUCAUGCCCACUGGUGUCUAUCAUGGCGUCCACGCCGUCGACGCUCUAGUUCUCGAAGAUUUUGAUCGCGCUGCGCCUGAAGGCACCGGCUCCGCGAAGGUGGGUGGUAACUAUGCCCCGGUCCUCCGGCACAGUGAGAAGGCGCGCAACCACGGAUACGGGAUCACCCUGCAUUUGGAUAGCAAAACCCGCUCUGAAAUCGACGAGUUCUCCACGUCAGCGUUCAUUGGUGUUCGCAAGGAUUCUUCUGGCCACGUCACACUCGUCGUACCAGAUAGCAAGAAUGUAAUCGAAUCCGUCACCGCUGCCUCAAUUACAGCAAUUGGCACCGACAUGUUCGGCUACAGUGUGGAAAAGCGCCGGAUCCCGUACGAGGAGCUGCAUCAAUUCUCAGAGGUCAUGGCCGCAGGAACUGCUGCGGCCUUGGUUCCCAUCAAGAGCAUCACAAUGGUUUCCCGUAGCGACAAGUUUUCUUAUGAGUCUGGGCAGAAUGAUGAAGGGGGCGAGGUGUAUAAGAAGCUCAUCCAAGCCCUCAAAGGCAUUCAGCGAGGAGAAAUCCCUGACCCACAAGGCUGGUUGGUGGAUAUCGAGCCGGUGCCUCACGGCUGGAUGGAAGUUACGCACGAAGAGGACCCUGAGGCCAAUGGCACCAAUGUGCCAUAA